AUGCCUGACUUGUACGGCAAAAAGCAGUGGGGAAUGGGAGUCAUGGUUUGGCAACAGUGGACCUGCACAAACGGGAGUGUUUCGGCACAGUACUUCACCGGAUGCCUCUUAUCGGCCAGAGCUUUGUGCACCGUGUCCAUGAUGGGUACUGAAGGAGAUGUGUGUCCGCUCGGGCUCCAGAUCACCAGACAGCCGGCUGCAGCGACUGUCCUGCAGAUCUUGCGGCGCAAGGUCUCCGAAUUCCAGCUGCUCGAAAACAUAGGACAGCCCGAGCAGCAGCCUUUGAUUUGCCUGACCGGAGGCAGUGCAUGGCAAAUGGCCGAGCCUGAAGGAGGCAGCGCCGAGAUCGACGACAGCACUUCCAAGCUGCAUGAAGAGCUCUCCAGCGUCGCGCCUGCCGGCAGCCCUGGGUGUCACUGCUUAGAGUUCGACUCCUGGUGGAACGAGGGCAAGCAUCGGCGCUUCGUGUAUAUAAGGUACAGCAUAACCGAGGGAGCUUUCCAGAUGGCCAUCGACGAGGAUAGCAAUCUAUAUCACGUCCCGGUGGCCUACGGUGCACGGACCGGAGAGGCGGUGACCGUUUGGGACCUGCACGUCGGCGCCGAAGUUGACAUCCUGGGGCGGAUGACGACGCUGCAGCGAUGUUCGCAGACCACUGCGGAGUGGAACAAGUAUUGGGCCGACCGGCUCAUCCUGCUGAGGAAUCGAUUGGCAGAGGAACUGAAGAAGUACGACACGAGGAAGAACGACCCGUGGCUAACAUGGCAGAAGGCGCGGAUCGAGGCCGGGGGAGCCGACCUACGGCUCCUCAUGGGCCAGGUUGCCGGCUUGUGUGCUCAGCUGAACGAAUACAGACCUAGGCUCGCUGCGCAGCUGAGCGUUCCACAGGAGAUGCUCAUCAUCGAGGACCUCCCUCGAAAGCACAAGGAGUCCCAGGAAAAGGCAGAAGGCUGA